UCGUGACUAUAUAUAAUGGAGGGCAAGGGUGCACCCUGCUGCUGUGGUACUCAGUAUAUUGAAUACUACAGUACAAGUGCUAUGGCUGAAACUAAGAAAAUAAUCAAUCCAAGAGUGGAAAUUGAUACAUCUCCGCCUUUCGAGUCAGUGAAAGAAGCUGUCGAUCAUUUUGGGGGCAGUGGCCCUUGGAUUCCCCAUCACUUGCUCCGUUUACCUCCUCCCGACAAUGAUUCUGAAGUCGUAGACGUGGGGAAAAUGGAGGAGCAAGCAGUAAAAUUUGAGAAAGAUUUGAUUGUGAAGGAACAAGAAGCCCUCAAUGUCUUGAGAGAAGUGGAAGAAGCUAAAAGAUUUGUAGAAGGAUUGAAAGUAAAUUUGAUGCAAGAAGUUUCUGAGUUUGUGUCCAGUCCCGGUUUACAUCCGGAGAACCAAAUUCCAAAUCGUAAUGAGCUGUCAGCAGAAAACUUAAGUCUAUGCCCUCUUCAGUCCCCAGGGCAUGUACUAAUGGAAUUAAACCGAGCAAAAUUAGACCUUAACAAGAUGUCGACAGACCUUACUGUGAUUAGAUCUUCUGUUGAGACUCUGAAUAAGAAAAUGAAGAAAGAAAAGGUAAUUCUUGACAGAAGCAGUCAGAUGAAAUCCCUUGAUUCAGCAGCAGGGUUCUCCAUUGACGAAAACAACACUAUGAACAACGAGCUCCUGCAGUUGAGCUUUGAAGCAGACCAAUUCAAGAAAAUGGCAGAAGCUUCAAGGUAUGAGGUGAUGAAAGCGAUGUCAGAGAUUGAACGAACAAAAGCGAGUAUUAGAAUGGCUGAAAUGAGGUUACAUGCAGCCAAAAAGAUGGAAGAAGCAGCUAAAGCUGUGGAAGCAAUUGCUUUUGCGGAACGAAAGGCUUUACUAAAUGGAAAGAAGUCUUCAACUGUUGUUCAGCACACAACUGAGGGCAUCACAAUUUCAUAUGAAGAAUAUUAUGCUCUUGCCCGAAAAGCGCAGCAAGCUGAAGAGCUAUGCAAAACAAAAUUUGUAGACACAAACACUAUGCACAGAACUAAUGAAGCAAACCAAUCUGAGGUGUCUAUUACAAAGAAGAUGGAGGAAACUACCAAAGAAAUUAGACACAACCGGAGUACUCUAGAAGAGGCUUUGGACAAUGAAGAUGGUACUCAAAGAAGUCGUCUUAGUGAACAAGAUGGUUUCUACAGGGAGAGAUCAGAACACACUCAAUUGCAUUACUCGGGGCAUAAUACCUCAGUCAAAUCUAAGUUCAGAAACCCUCAGUCAUCUCUCACUAGUCAUGGGAACCCUCGGCUAGCUGAUGACAACGAAGCAGACAAUGUCAAUGACAAGUCAGUCCCAGUCUUUCGAUCAUCAAUAUCAAUUGGAGACAUACUAAGUAGGAAGCUGAUUUUGCGAGAUGAUCAUAUUGUCGUGGGUAAGCAUAUGGAAAGCCACACGGAAAGAAAGCACGUGUCGUUUAGCCAAAUGUUGAGGGAACAGAGUGGGAUCAUAUUGAAUCCCACAAAAGCUAUGAAAGAAGGGGAUGUACACAAGCAGUUCAUUACACAUAAGAAGAAGUUUGGUUUCAUCCAAGUACCACUUCCCAGACAGAAUAAGAAAAAGACACAGCCUUUGAACAUGAGAUGAUCUGCCCUUCCUCUUACAUCAGUCUUAUACUUGUUUACUCGGCUUGCACAUCUUUUCGUUUUUUUUUUUUUGCAGUGUGUAUUAUCUGUUGUGUUUGUGAUUUGUGAUUACUGAGCGUUGCCGUUUUCUCUUCAUGAUUGAUGUAAAGCUCCUCUUGAAGCUAACGAUCUUGUGCAUUUUUAUGGAAAAAACAUUGAGACAGAAAAUGUACUA